UAGGGAGAGCUUUCCCAAGUUGUUCAGGGGGCAGCGACCAUGGAGCACUGCUGAUGAACAAACACUCUGUUGAUGCCCUUUUCGCUGCUCUUUCUCAAACUCCGAGUCUCAGACCCUCAAAUGCUUCUUCUUCAACAACAGAGGCUAGUCAUCUCCUCUUCACGCACCAUCCUCCUGGCCUCCAAACACCUCCUCAAACCCACUCCUUCCACGCUGCCACUCAAGUUAAACCUUUCCUCGCCCGGCAUCAUCUCCGCCUUUCCUUUGAAACCCAACUCCAGAAUCCUCCCAAUCUCCCUCAAAACCUUCGCCUUACCUUAUACUUCCCAUUCCAAUGUCCCCGGACCAGUUUAUUCGGAGAACCCAGAAGACACCAGUAAUUCCUCCGCCCGACUCAACGUUUUGAAGAAGAAACUGGAGGUGAUAGGCUUUGACACACAAAUGCUUAAAAUUGGGCAGUACAGUCACUUGACGUGUCCCACGUGUAAGGGUGGUCGUUCAAUGCAGAAAAGCUUAUCUCUUUUCAUCACUUUAGAUGGGGAUUAUGCUGUAUGGGUGUGUCAUCGAGGAAAAUGUGGGUGGAGAGGUAACAUACGGGCCUUUGUAAAUGACAGCUCAUCAUAUGGAAGGUUGAACCAAAUUACCGAAAUUAAGCCCAAAAGAGAAAUCACAGAAAAAAGUUUGGGUUUAAAACCACUUUGUAGUGAGCUAGUUGCAUAUUUUGGAGAGCGAAUGAUAUCGGAAAAAACAUUGGCAAGAAAUUCUGUCAUGCAAAAAACAUAUGGUGAUCAGUUUAUUAUUGCAUUUACUUAUCGAAGAAAUGGGGUGCUUGUGAGUUGCAAAUAUCGGGAUGUUAACAAGAAUUUUUGGCAGGAAAAGGACACUGAGAAAAUAUUCUAUGGUGUGGAUGAUAUAAAGGAAGCAAGUGAUAUAAUCAUUGUUGAGGGUGAAAUAGACAAACUUUCAAUGGAAGAAGCUGGAUUCUACAAUUGUGUGAGUGUCCCUGAUGGAGCACCUCCGUCAGUUUCUACAAAAGUGUUCGAAUCUGAGGAAAAGGACAUAAAAUAUCAGUAUCUAUGGAACUGCAAGGAGUACCUGGAGAAGGCAUCUCGCAUUAUACUUGCAACUGAUGGGGAUGCACCUGGUCUUGCCUUAGCUGAAGAACUUGCUCGCCGCCUUGGAAGAGAAAGAUGUUGGCGAGUAAAAUGGCCUAAGAAAAAUGAAGUUGAACAUUUCAAAGAUUCAAAUGAGGUGCUUAUGUAUUUAGGACCUGAUGUUCUGAAAAAAGUAAUUGAGAAUGCUGAGAUAUAUCCUAUUCAAGGAUUGUUCAACUUUAGCCAUUACUUUAAUGAGAUUGAUGCAUAUUAUCAUCACACUCUUGGUUUUGAGCUUGGUGUUUCAACUGGAUGGAGGGGUCUGAAUGGAUUAUACAAUGCACCCAAGGUGAAGCAGUAAACGCCUAUGACAUUGAUGUCAUUACCAUCCAAGGUUUGAAUGCGGUGACUAACUUUGAUGUGAGUAGCUAUGAUGUUCACAACAUACUACUGAGCAUUACAUUGACCAUUUUUGUUGCUGCAAAGCGAUUUAAAGAUGCUGAGCAUGUUGAAAUGACUAUAGAUGGACAGAUGACAGUUGAUGAAAUCAGCUCAUAGCUGAUGGCUGGAUUCAUACAGCUUGGAAGCAUGGAAGAACAUAUUAGAUAUGGGGAAGAAGAGAUUGGAGGGGGGUGGGGUACAGAAAAAGAAAAUGGGACAUGCCUUGCAUCAUGCUCUCCAACUAUGAUAUUUUUUUCACUUCAAUGGGAUACAAUUAUAAGCUAUGAUAUCUUUUCACUUCAAUGCAUGUACCCCUAUUAUUGCAACCUUGAAAAGGCUAGAAAAUGGGCAACAAGUUUGAAACCAUGUUUGUAUCCUUGAUUUUGCAAUUCAAAGAAUGAAAAUGAAGCAAUUUUAUGGA